AUGGAUAAUGAUAAUGGAUGCAGAAGGUUCAUCUUGGUUGAUGAUGAGUACAAGUUCUUCUUCGAUCAUCAUCUUAGUGGUGGCGACAACACUUUCUUCCCUCCCUUUGACGAUGACAAUGUGGAAUCUGAAACUCGUAAUCUUUGUUUCUUCUCAUUACCACCAAUCAACAACAGAGUUCCUCAGCAGAGAAAGAGGAAAGAUAUUGGGUCUGAGGCUGAGGUUUCAAGAGCUGUUCCGGUAGCUACAACUCGAGAGAGCAUUCAACGUGACAAUAGAGCUUUUGAACGAAGAAAGAGGAAGAUGGCUGAGUUUGAGUCCGCUAGUGUUUCAAGGAACCAAGGAACCAUCCAACGAGACAACAAAGCUAGGAAAGUGUCAGAAACCAAAGAAACCAUCCAACAAGACAGCAAAGCUAAGAAAAUGUCAGAUGUUCCCUUGUUUAGGACCAAAGAAGUCAUUAGAAGAGAUAACAGGAUUGCUGAACGAAGAAAGAAGAAGAUUGAUGAAACUAAAGCAGCAGGGGCUUCAAGAGUUGUUCAUAGGGAGCGAGUAGAUACAGCUGUAGAUAAGACUGUUCCAGUGACACAAAGCAACAAAGGAGUUUCUGUUGGGACAAGGAAGAAGAAGAAUGAAGCAGCUGUGGAUAAAGACUACAUGAGCUACCUCACAUGGCUUGUAGACUCUCUUAAAGAUUCCCCAACUGUUCCUGUUCAGUUUGAAAAGGAUCUAUUAGCAAAAGUAAAGGUUGAGCAAGAUACUGAGUCUUGUUCUCAUGAUGAUGAUGAUGAUAUAAUGGUUAGUGAUUCCCCCUUCUUACAUGGAGCAAGUAGUACACCUUUUGUGGUGUCCAAGAGCAAGACAGUGAUUGAUCUCGAGAAAGAUAGUACCGAGGACGAGAGUAGAAACUGUGUGUUUACAAAAGAGCUAAUGGAAGCUCUGGAGAAACCAUACGAUGAAGGAGAGUUGUCGAGGCUCUCUGGUGAGGUAUCAGAGAAAAAACCAGUGAGUCGUUGCAGAGAAUUUAGAAAGGGAAGAGUAAGCACUUAUGAGACUUCUGAGUUGGGGCCUUCCUAUCUUGAGAAUGUAUCUGAUUUUGAUAAAGAAUACAGACGUGUGGAUGGUGAUGAUAAGGCGAGAUUGAAGUUGCUACGUGGUUUUUUCUUCUACUUGAAGAAUGUUACUCGUGCUGGUUCUUUCAAGCCUUGGUUGCCCGAGAACCAGAAGAAGCUGGGGCUAAGAAAGCAAUGCUUGCAAACCAUAAGGAGGUGUGUAGUAAAUCUUUUGGGUUAA